AUGCGUCUGUUAAACGAGGACCGGAAACCAGUAGAGGACAUGAAGAUCAACGAGGUCAAUAAAUUUACGCGCCAUGACCCAGUUUGUCGCUUUCUGGCCGAAACCAAAGAGCCCUGUGUGCGUAUUCAAGAGGAACGAGAAGCUCGAGCAGAACGGGAAGCACUGGAUGGCCCCAAGCCAGAUAUUCUCUCUAAGACAUGCUCAAAAUGCCUGAGUAAUGUCACUCUUCGUGAGCCUAAUAAUAUGACCACUCGACGAACGCGCCUGGACCUUCUUCUGAAUUAUAUCUUUGAGAAAACAGAUCCAGCUUUUUCAGACGAGCUGACUCUUCAUACUGAUCUUGAGUUCAACUGCCGCCUACCAUGCGCAGGCAAAUCCUAUUCGCUCGGUGGCACUCCAUACUACAGUCUCUGGUAUGGUCCCGUUGAGGAUCUUGCCACCAAUUUUGUCGCUGUGCAUACCGAAACACCUGGGGUUUUCGACGAAGCAGUUGUCCAUGCGUAUAUGGGCAUGAUCCACGAUUCACGCAAGCGCUGUGGCAAAAUGAGCCGCGAGAUAUACGGCCUCGCAACCGACUCAAAUGAGUUUUGGUUUUACCGCAUUGACAAUACAGGCAAGUGGAGCCAUACCGUUUAUCAAGCUUCGAAGUCAGAGUGGGGUGAACUGGGCGAUGAUUACGAAGACAUUGCGAGUCUUCUCGUUUUUAUAUUCCGUGAAGCGUGUGAGUUGUUGGAGCAAAAUGACACGUCAGGCAAAUUGUCAUUGUCAAGAUUGAAAGUUAACCGACUUCCGUUCCCGUUCCAAGGAACUGAGGAGGUGUCAUACGAACGUUUGAAGGCAAUGCCGGAGGGGUUGGAUACUUGGAUUAAUUAA